UUGCUUAGGAUUUGGUGGCCUCGACGGAAGAGGAGAAGAACUACAAAGGGAUAUGUAUUGCCAUUUGUGUGAUCGGAUGCAUUUGCUCCCUCAUUAUCACUUCCAUCAUACUUCUCACUCCAGACAAUGGCCUCAAACGAGUAAAGUAUCCGCGCCUUAGAAUCGAAGAAAUCGCAGCCAAUGUGUUUCAACCCAAAGAUUUCGAUGGGAUUUGGAUAUCAGGUGUGGAAUCGACUCUAUUCUCUAAUCAAUACUCACUAUAA